AUGGCCGGAUUUCUUGGAACAGAGAGACAGUUUCAAGCAACUUAUGGGAAACCACUAGCUGCAGCUCGUGAUUCUAAAUGUUCAGCCAAGGAUGCUGAAGCAGGUGUACAUGCCAUGGAAGCAUUGCACAAACAGAAAUACAAUGGGUCUACAUCAGGCAGACAGUUGUGUUGGCUGGAGGCACUGCAUGGUUUACCAGGGUUACCAGAAGGAUUAGAAAAGGAAGUACAUGAUCUUCUACCUCCCUCCAUAUCCAAUGGAAUUCGUGUUAUCACUUCUCCUUACGGUGCAGAUUCUGCAUGGUAUGGAGCAAAACUUCUCAGCAAUUUUAGCACAUUUCCAAAUUCAUGGUGCAUCACUGAGGAGACUCAGUCAAAGUCUAAAAGAUCCCUCAUAUGUGAUGUACAAAGCUUACCUCAGCAACUGGUGGGCCCGCUGUUGAAUCAUAUAUUUUGA